AUGGUGAACGAAGAAGUCGAUGAAAAUGUGCUGCGACGAGCCACCGCCGGGAUCACGAACCGCGGUCAUGUGUCCGCCGGUUACGGUCGUAUCGGAAAGCACCGCAAGCACCCCGGUGGUCGUGGUAUGGCCGGUGGUCAGCACCACCACCGCACAAACCUCGACAAGUACCACCCCGGUUAUUUCGGUAAGGUUGGUAUGAGGUACUUCCACAAGACCCAGCAACAGUUCUGGAAGCCCACAAUCAACCUCGACAAGCUGUGGUCCCUCGUUCCCGCCGAGCAGCGUGAAGCUUACGUUAGCGGCAAGAAGACCGACACUGCCCCCGUCAUCGACCUCCUCUCUCUCGGCUACUCCAAGGUUCUCGGCAAGGGCCGUCUUCCCGAGGUCCCCAUCGUUGUCCGCGCCCGGUACGUCAGUCGUGAUGCUGAGCAGAAGAUCAAGGAGGCUGGUGGUGUUAUCGAGCUGGUUGCUUAG